CUUAAUUAAUCACCUUCAGAUCCAAGUGUACAUAUCUGGCGAUCCAAAGCCGAACACGAGCUGCUAUAUACUCAAACCACUCUUUCUUUCUCUCUCUAACAGUAGCAUCACUCUUCCUCUCAAGGAAGGAACAAACACGAUGCAGUACAAAAACCUUGGUCGAUCGGGUUUAAGAGUCAGCCAGUUAUCAUACGGCGCAUGGGUAAGUUUCGGAAACCAACUCGAUGUCAAAGAGGCAAAGUCCCUUCUUCAAUGUUGCCGUGAUCAGGGCGUCAACUUCUUUGACAACGCCGAAGUGUACGCUAACGGACGAGCCGAAGAGAUCAUGGGUCAAGCCAUUCGCGAACUCGGCUGGAAACGCUCAGACGUCGUCGUUUCGACUAAGAUCUUUUGGGGCGGUCAAGGUCCUAACGAUAAGGGACUUUCCCGUAAGCAUAUUGUGGAAGGCACUAAAGCUUCGCUUAAGCGACUUGAAAUGGAUUAUGUUGAUAUUAUUUAUUGUCACCGUCCUGAUUCACUUACUCCGAUUGAGGAAACUGUUAGAGCUAUGAAUCAUGUUAUUGAUCGUGGUUGGGCUUUUUAUUGGGGUACUAGUGAGUGGUCGGCCCAACAGAUUACAGAGGCUUGGGCUGUUGCUCAUCGGUUGGAUUUGGUCGGCCCAAUCGUCGAGCAGCCUGAGUAUAACCUCUUGUCCCGGCACAAGGUUGAGUCUGAGUAUCUUCCACUAUACUCCACUUAUGGAAUUGGUCUCACCACUUGGAGUCCACUUUCAUCUGGAGUUCUCACUGGAAAAUACAAGAAAGGAGUUAUUCCCCCGGAUAGUCGCUUUGCUUUGGAAAAUUACAAAAAUCUGGCAUCUCGAUCAUUGAGUGAUGACGUGCUUCGAAAGGUUGAUGGUUUAAAGCCAAUAGCAGAUGAACUGGGUGUGCCAUUAGCGCAACUCUCAAUUGCGUGGUGUGCUGCUAAUCCUAAUGUUACGUCAGUCAUCUGCGGUGCUACAAAAGAGUCUCAGAUUCUAGAGAACAUGAAGGCUAUUGAUGUCAUUCCAUUACUGACUCCUGCUGUGAUGGAGAAGAUUGAGGCUGUUGUUCAAACCAAGCCAAAGCGCCCUGAUUCAUAUCGAUGAAUUUAAGGUUUCUCACAAUGCUGACAGACGUAUAUGAGAAUGCAACUUUGUUACACGAACUACAUAUAUGUGCAUUUCACUUGGAGGUUUCAUGACCCCAUUUCAUGGGAGUGCAACUUUGUUAUGUUGAAGUUAAUUGUUAUUUAUUUAUGUGGCUUCCACCUUUUUCUUAGUUUCAUGUUUACUCUUGUACUGCUUUUCUAUUUAUGGGUUUGAGUUUUCCAAAUGGAUUUUGGGAGCAAUAUACUCCAAGGAUUUGAUUUUACAUUAUACUCCUAGAUUAAUUAAUAUAUGUUUAUGGUUUGGAUACCUUUUUUAAUAUUAUAUCAAGAUCUAUUUUGGAUUU